GGCUCAGAGAGAGGGCUGAGGCCAAGGAAAUCAAAUGAUUUUCUCAAAGUCAGGAAAGUCCAUCAGCUUGAUAAUGGAGGAGAGCAACGACUCCACGGAGAACACCCACCAAAGCCAAGGCCGGAAUAAUGCCAUGAAGUGUGGGUGGCUGAGGAAGCAAGGAGGCUUUGUCAAGACUUGGCAUACCCGCUGGUUUGUGCUGAAGGGAGAUCAGCUCUAUUAUUUCAAAGAUGAAGAGGAAACCAAGCCCUUGGGUACCAUUUUCCUGCCCGGAAAUAAAGUCCUCGAACAUCCCUGCAAUGAAGAGAGCCCAGGGAAAUUCCUUUUUGAAGUAGUUCCAGGGCCAACUCGGAGGAGCCCUGAGUCCUAGCGAAUGUGGCAGCAUUCAGACACCAGGCUGUCCUCACA